GUGGAAUACAAACUGACCAACAGGAGCGCGCGCUUAGGGGAAGUGGCGAAUUUUGAAACGGUUGUUGAACAAAACAAUUACUCGAUCACACCGUCAGAUUUUCCUCCUUUCUCCGUCUCAGGUGUACAGAGAUGGAUGAAGAAGAGAGUACUGAGCGACAGAUGCAGAUUGCCAUGUUGUGUCAACGGCUGGCCAAGAUGAAGAGAUUAUUCAAUGAUGAUGACACAGAUUACAUCAACCAGGCCAUCAGUUCAAACUCACCUCAGACGUGCCGGACAUUUCUUACCAAUCUGGAGAAGAAAGGCAAUCCUCAAACGGAUCCCAGCCUUCUCGCUAAGCUCAUCGACUGCUACACGCGUGUGUUUUCCAGCAUGCCGUUGGGAAAGUACAGUCAGAAUGAGAGCUAUGCCAAGAUGCUGGUCAGAUUUGCAGAGUUAAAAGCCAUCCAAGAUGUAAAUGAUGCCCAGGCUAGUUUUGAUAUAGCGAGAUCCCACUGUAAGGAUUUCGCCUUCGUUCACAUUGCUUAUGCUCAGUUUGAGCUUUCACAAGGCAACUUUAAGAAAUGCACUUCGAUUCUUCAGAAGGCUUUUGAGAUGAAUGCCAAACCCAGGCACGUUCUGGAGGCUGCCGUGCAGAAUCUAAAUCUAGGCAAACGCCAGCUCCUCUCACAAGAAGAUAAAGAGAACAUAUCAGAUUCUGUGAGAAGCAGCUCCAGAACAUCAGAUGGAACAUGUGACCUGCAGGCCAGCAGCACUUUUCCCCAGGGGAGUGAUCAGAAGUUCAGUCCACAAGAUGAGAACAUGCCUGUAUGGAGAACAGGGUCACAACAAAGAAGAAUGGUCAUGGCAGAACGAGUGCCCAUGGUGCCUCUCUCUAUCCCUGAAAACGAGAGCAAUGACUGUGACGGUGUUCAGAAAGCGGAAGCUCCUGUUACCUACAGUUUCUCCAGGCAAACAAGUGGUUCAAGUGUCCGCUCCGCAUUCCCGAUGUGUUUCUCAAAGAAGGGCACUCCAGAUGGAGACUCCUACAGUUUAUUGAACCUGAAGCCACCCAUGAUUAGUCCAGAUCAUCUGAGGGAAGACAUUGAACAGGGCAACACCAUCACAGCACUUCUACACAGAGCAGAAAGAAGAGAAACUGCAAGAAUGGAAGAAACCACUGAUAUCAACCAGCUCAUCAGCACAAACACUCCUGAAGGUUGUCAGAGCUUCCUGAAGAGCCUAGAGAAGAGAGGAGACCCUUGUUCAGACUCCGCGUUUCUCUCCAAACUCCUGGACAUCUACUCUAAAGUGUUCGCCAGGUUUCCGUUGGCAAAACAUUGCAAAACUGAAAGCUACGCUCAAAUGCUGGUGCGAUUUGCGGAGUUGAAAGGAAUUGAAGACCCAGAAGACGCCCAAGAUCAUUUCAGUAUUGCCAGAUCACACUGUAAAGCUUUUGCUUUUGUGCAUAUAGCACAUGCUCAGUUUGAGCUCUCACAAGGAAAUUCUAGGAAGAGUAAUUUGAUUCUUCAGAAAGCAUUGAGCUCGAACGCACGGCCUGUUGAACUGCUGCAGACUGCGAUCAGAAAUCUGAACUCUGGUAAAGCUCAUCUGCUUCCUGGUGAGCAUGAAGACAACACUGCAGAAAAUGUAUCACUGAGUAACAAAAUGGAUGAAGAAAAUCCAACGAAGGUUCCUGAGGAGCAGCAAAAGUCCCAUGUCAAGGAGACUUCAUCAGAAUGGAAGAUUCCUACUGUCAUUAACAAACACGCGUCUCCAGAGGAUCGUAAGCCUCCUGCAGACCCCAUUUCCUCUUCAUUCUCACUUCAUGCUAUGAGAACACCUGCGCCUCCUAGAUUACACCCCUCCUUUAGCUGUCAGACUCCCAACUACAAAGACCCAAAUGCAAACAGUUUCGUCACUCCUGUGGUGAAGCAGCGGCCAGUGAUUGUGUCUGUUCCAUCGACGGCACAGAAAAUGGGUCACGCUCAGUUGCCCUGCACUCCUCAGAGCCAGGUGUCCUAUAUCCAGCAGCCAUCACAGACCCCCUCCUCCGCUUUCUCAAAUGAAUCCAUCACAAUCAAGGGCAAACAGUUCUUCAUUUUCAAGAUGAUCGGUCGAGGCGGAUCCAGUAAGGUCUAUCAGGUUUUUGACCAUAAGAAGCACGUUUAUGCUGUGAAAUAUGUGAAUCUAGAGGAAGCUGAUGCCCAGGCGGUGGAAAGCUAUAAGAAUGAGAUUGAGCACUUGAAUCAUCUUCAACAGUACAGUGACCAGAUCAUUAAACUCUAUGACUAUGAGAUCACCAGUAGCUACAUCUACAUGCUCAUGGAGUGCGGCCACCUGGAUCUCAACACCUGGCUACGCAACCGCAAGUCCGUCAACCCGCUGGAUAGGAAAUGUUACUGGAGGAAUAUGCUGGAGGCAGUGCACACCAUCCACAAACAUGGCAUCAUCCACAGUGAUUUAAAGCCAGCUAAUUUUGUGAUUGUGGAUGCUUCGCUGAAACUAAUAGACUUUGGAAUCGCCAACCGUAUUCAACCUGACGUGACCAGCAUCAUGAAGGACUCACAGGUGGGGACUCUAAACUACAUGCCACCAGAGGCCAUUAAAGACACGUCCUCCAAUGGAAAGCAUGGGUCAAAGAUCAGUGCUAAAGGGGAUGUGUGGUCUCUGGGAUGUAUCCUGUAUUGCAUGACUUAUGGAAAGACUCCAUUCCAGAGCAUCACCAAUCAGAUAAGCAAAAUCCAUGCCAUCAUAGACACGUCCCAUGAGAUCGACUUCCCCGAUAUUCCAGAAAAGGACCUACUUGAUGUACUUAAGAGGAGUUUAGUUCGCAAUCCUAGAGAAAGGAUUUCCAUAGCAGAACUCCUCGAUCAUCCAUACCUGCAACUGCAACAUGCACCUGAGCCAGCAGAACCGUGUGACAGUGAUUUGAAGAGAAUCCUUAAUGAACUGGCGGCUCUUCAGUCUCCCAACAGCAUCGCAAGAGCUGCUAGUAACCUGGCCAAGAUGUGCAACAGCGGGAGGAAGUUAGAUGUUUCUGAAUGUGUGAAAACAUCCACUCAGACCCUGUGGAAAUGAGGAUUGCAGGACUCGAAACCACUGUUUCCAAGAGAC